AUGGACAUCGCAUCCAAUCCACCGAUGGCCAUGAGAUCCGACGACCAGCAGGCUAUACAUCCUUUCUUUCGACCAGCAAAACCUACGCCGUUGGAAGAACUCUCGACCGCCGACAUCAAUACGAAGGAUCCUCGACCCAUAACCCCUAAUAGCACUAUAGAUGAAGCUUGCCCGGAGGAUAAAGAUGAUCUUGACUCAAGUGUCUCCCGGACCGUCGAAGGGGAUCCCAUGACUGCAGACGAGGAUCAGAAUGAGAGUCGGAGGAAGAGGCGACGGAUGAACAAAACCCAGGCAUCAGAACCGAACAGCACCGCAAGCGCUGGAAUAUCAGCAUGGCUUGGUGUUAACCCCCAAGGUAUCAAUUCUCCGGCGCCCGAUUCUCUGAACGACGCAGAACCCACCUUAGCUCUUCAGUCGGGGGCUCCGCCGGCGGACGUCACCCUUCCCAAUGCUGUCCAAAUCUCGCAAUCGACCGAAGAACAACCAUCAAAAGCCCCAUCUGGAAGAUCUUCUGCACGGCAAAAAACACUCAAGCUGAACUCGAAGGGCAAGUUCCUCUCUUCGCCCGGCUCGAGCCCGCCACCGGACACGCAAAAGAGGGGGAGAGGGAAGCAGCGCAGGACACAGAAGGACAGUAGAAAGCUGGUUAUAUUUAAAUAUAACGUCGGGGCGGAAAACAACACGGGACAGUUGAUCAACGAUAUCUUGAACGGGCCUGUCGUCCCAAACGUACCUGUGCCUACUCCUGUCGCCCAGCCUCGCAAAACAAAAACAACCACUCGGAAACCUACUCAUCCAUUCUUCAACAAAAGCUCAGCACAAAAUACCAGCCAGUCAAGCAUGAUUGAUGGCCAAACAGACCCCUCGACGUCAACCCCCAGCACAGCGGGAACGCCCGACAAAAGCCGAGUGGUACCUGCUUCAGAGAGCUCCUUCAUUAGGCCUCCUCGCCGUGUAUCUAAGUUUCCAGAGCUUGUUCAUCCUCUGUGGCCCCCGAGAGACUUGGUGCACGUUCGAGAUACCUGCUUUCCCACGAGAACCAACGAUGUCGUUUCGCACGUCUCUCAAGACAGGAAAAAGUCGAAGGUUGCGGCGAUCUCGAUUAGGGAUCAAGAGAAUGUCUUUCUGUGUGAAACUUCCGAGGCCAGAAAGAUCGCCCAAUUGCCCAAGAAUCAAGCCCGGGAUAGUUUAGGCAUACUGCGUCAUCCUAUACGACAUGUUGCCAGCAGCAAUGUUCUACAAGCGGCAAUGGAAAAGCAAAUGUCAUGGUCCUCACCUAAACGCAAGUUCCACUGGGGCCCUGCUAGCCCACCUCUCGCGAGGCUUCGAUCUGCAUUGCUUUCCUCGGCCUCUGCUAUCGAUCUUGGAAAAUAUGAGACUCAGCUUUGGACACAAAAGCACGCACCAAAGUCAGCGGACGAUGUGCUUCAACUCGGACGGGAGCCGCAGAUGCUCCGUGACUGGUUAUAUCACCUCAGAGUCACAGCAGUUGAUACUGGGAAGCCAACCAAAGACGGCGCUAAACCCAAAUCAAAUCGCGAGAAGAAACAGAAGAAGCGACGGAAAGCCGACAAACUUGAUAACUUCAUUGUAUCAAGCGAGGAAGAGGCUUCGGAGAUGGACAACAUUUCUGGGUCUGACGAUGAGUUAGCAGGAGAUGUCACGACGUCGAUGCCGAGGACUGUCGUCAGAUCCGGGGACUCGUUCUCAGCCCCUCAAAACGAGAGAAAGUCCCAAAUGUCUAAUGCAAUUCUCAUCAGCGGCCCUUCCGGCUGUGGCAAAACUGCAUCGGUUCAUGCCAUUGCCAAAGAACUGGAUUUUGAAGUUUUCGAAAUCAAUGCUGGAACCCGACGAAAUGCACGAGACAUGCUGGAGCGAGUUGGUGACAUGACCCAAAAUCAUCUGGUCCAUCUUCUCAAUGACUCUGAUGGUGUUCCCAGCAGCAAAGCUGCCAGCAAGUCCAAUAAAUUGAUGAGCUUUUUCAAAGGUCCCGCUGCAAAUUCCAGCAAGCCGGGAGACAAUGACAGCCCGCAACACACUCAAGGCCCAACUGAGUCAAAACGGCCCCGAGAGCAGAAGCAGUCAUUGAUCCUCCUAGAAGAAGCGGAUAUUCUCUUUGACGAAGAUCGGCAGUUCUGGACGGGCGUUUUUACUCUCAUCAGCCAAUCUAAACGACCAAUAAUCAUCACCUGCAAUGAUGAGAGUUUGAUUCCCAUUCAAGACAUGUCACUGCAUGCUAUUUUGCGCUAUCAAAAACCGUCCCCGGACUUCUGCAUCGACUACCUGCUCUUAGUCGCCGCCAACGAGGGCCACAUAUUGAAGAGAGAAGCUGUCACAAGGCUUUACCAAGGAUCUGGGCUUGACCUUCGGAAGUCACUCAUGGAACUGAAUUUCUGGUGCCAAAUGGGUGUUGGCAGCGAAAAGUCAGGCUUGGAUUGGCUACUUCCUGCUUGGCCGCCAGAAUCCAAUGUAGAUCAAAACGGAGACCACUUGCGAGUCUUGAGCCUUAACACAUAUGAACGAUAUAUGGGUUGGUUCAAUCGUGACUUGCUCCUGUCUCACAGUUCUUUGGACGGAGAGACGGAAGUCAUUCGCAACAGCUUUCACUGGUGGGGGCUUGGCCUACAAGAGUCCGAAGACAUGGCUGGGAGGAGCAACGACGAACUUCUGCCACCUCAAAGAGUCCAGUCAAGUUCCAAGUUGGAUGUGCUGAAUAUGAUGUGUCGCGAAGCCGACUACUAUGACAUGAAAAGCUCACUUGAUAUUCUUUGCUCUAAUUUCGCAACAGAAACCAGCAGUGAUCUUCUUGACAUCUCUGCACCGCCAUUGCCCGAAGGCUAUCGAUCAAAUUAUCUGGACAACUAUCCAGUUCUUCAGACCGGACUGAAGACCGAGUAUUCAUCCCUGAGCGAACUCGUCGGCACCACCUUCGAAGCGUUGAUCAACCGAACCUUCCGCCCUACAGCCGGGGUAGAUAUUGAGUCUUCAUACGCCAACCGAUCGUUAAACAAAUCCAUCGUCUCUGCUCAGCCACCCCCAACCCCUCCAUCGACUUUACCGCAGUUCCAACGCAUUUUCGAGCCAAUCAUGCGCGCAAACUACUCUAUCCCUACACCUACCGCUCGGCAUGCUCCGUCAUUCGAGAAUGGACUUGCACCAAUCACCGAGGAUUUGGCUCCAUACAUCCGAGCCAUUAUGGUCUUUGAUGGGCGUUUGCAUCAAUACCGUCAAAGCCUGUUCGAGUUGACGAUGUCGGAGAAUGGUGGAGAGAGGCGCUCACGAAACACGCGGGCUAGCCGCGCUGCUCUUGAGGGCGGCGACAAAGCUUCGGUUCGCAAGGAGCGAUGGUUUUCCAUGGACGCCCCUUAUUACAAGAUCCAAGCGACGGCUGGGCCGGCGUGGCAGGAUGCUCUGUUUCACAUGGGACACUUCCGUAUCGAGCCUGCCAUUGAGGCAUCCCUUCAGCGGGGCGACUCGACUUCUGGUGACCACGAAAUGGAUGAUUGA